AUGCCCCCUUUACCGCCGGGGUCCGGGUUUGACAUCUUCUGCCAUAUCAUCCUGGUAGUAUACCUUGCCAUAUUUAUCUUCUUUAACGCAAGGCAAGUUCGAAACCUUCUCUUAUCUAUAGCCGACAUGAUGGAUCCACAGACACCACGCAGGAAACUAUUCAAGCCUUCAAGUAUAAUGAAGACGCCAACUUCUUCAACAAAGCAGAGACCAACUACUUCCGCGCAUUCAAGUUUUCAAUCUCACGAAGUCCUGACUCCCACAGAGACAGUUAGUCGAAGCACGGAUACUUUUGGUGGUUUACUAGAGACUACAACGAGUAUUGUAGAUAAUUUAAGAGUCGGGGAGGACGCUUCGGAUCGGGCGAAUGACGCUGUUAAGAGUAUUGGUGGGAAGCCCCGAGAAAUCCUCAACCCUUCAACUAGCGAUCUCCCCGAAUCCUCGACUCCUACAGACACCCUAAAUUCGCCGACAGACCUUGCUAGAUAUUUCGCCGAACAGGGAAAUUCAGAAAUGAGUACCUUCAUAUCCGCGCUGACUGGCAGGACUCAACACGACCAGACAGGCGUGGCUAGCAACGGCAUUGAAACACCGAGAGCCGAUACUGAAACGAAGGGUCACGACGACAAGUUAGUGAAUGCGGUGUCUGAGUCGAUCAAACAAUUACCUAGUGAUGAUGCUUCAGUCGUUUCUCCCAAUGAACGAACGAAAGAAAUACUCGAAAAUUUAGCUAGCGACAUAGCGAACAAGACACCUAAUUUUACAAGUUUAACUGAGGGAGAAAGCAAAGAUGAUGACAUAGUUGGCCAACAUGCACCGAAGGUAUCGGACACUGAGAAGCUAACUCAAGACAAUAAUAUUAUCGAUAAAAUACCGGAUCAUCAUCGACCUGCAGAUAUCUCUAAAGAGGCCGAAGGGGCUACGGGCGGCCCGGAAGGACUGAUAUCUGGUGCUGCGCCAACUAAUAUUAUCGGCGAACCCAACACGGGUAUCAUUUCGGAGGAAGCUCAUAUUAAGGUAUCUAGUGAAGAGCCCGAAUCAGGUAUUUCGGCUCGUGAUACUACGGACAACAUGAAAGAAAAUCCAGCUCCUAGCACUUCAGUAGUUUCAGAUGACGAUACGCAGGUUGCGGACAACAUGGACCAACCAGCGCAUAUUGAACGAAGAAUUGAGAUUCCACUUCCUCGCCCUGAAAAGACUGUACGCGAUCCUUCUGAACCGGCAAAGCCGGAAGCAAAUAAUAUACCAGUUGGCCUCGGCGAUCCCGAUGAGCUGCCUGAUGUCCAAGGUCUACCGGGUACGGACGAAUUACAAGAUCCACCAGAAGAAGUCCUGGAUCCUUCUGUGCAUUCUCCGUCUUCUAGUAUUACCCCUAUUCCAAAGAUCCCAAAAAUUACACCCAUUGGCAUGGCGCCGCCUCCUGAUCUUCUUCGCCUCGCACAUGGCCUUAGCGGAGGUGUUAUCGACGACGUUGGCAGCAUUGUAGACACGUCAGGAAAGGUACUCGGUCACGCGACAGGAGACCUCCCUGCCAUGGUGGGUAGAACGGUUGCAGACAACGGCGAAGUCUACGGAGAAAGCGGAGAGGUCAUUGGAUACGUUUCUGAGAAUUUUACCGGCCCACCGCCGCCUGUCGAUAUCCCAGAAAACGUGCUCGAGGGGUUGAAGAUAGAUCAUGAUGGCAACAUCCUCGACACAAAUGGCAACAUCAUCGGUCGCUUCAACGAGAAAGCCGAGGAGAAUGAAAAUUUGGCCUCUUUUAUGAAACGGCCCAAGCCAGACGAAUCCCAGGCCGACGAUAGAAAACCUGAUGAUAAAAAGCCAAAAGUAAAUGCUCAUACGGGAGGGAGCCCUUCAGACAUCUUCCUGGAUGUAAAGUCUACGACUGAUGGCAUUCAACUUACAAUUCGCAUCCCUACGACAUUUGGAAGGCAGCCACAAGAUUCAUAGGCACAUG